GCGGGGGGAGGGGUGGGGUUUAGAGGAAGCGGAAGUGUCAGACUAGGCGGAAGUGGUACUGCCCUGAAUAUCCCGAGCAGCGAACGGAGGACAGCUUGAUACUCCCAUCGUUCAAAGAAAAAAGCAGGCUUCUAAAUACAUUCAAAAUCCUCGAGAUGGAUAAGAACGACCUGGUCCAGAAGGCUAAGCUGGCUGAGCAGGCGGAGCGCUACGACGACAUGGCGGCGGACAUGAAGGCCGUGACGGAGCAGGGCAUGGAGCUGUCCAACGAGGAGCGCAACCUGCUGUCGGUGGCCUACAAGAACGUGGUGGGGGCUCGACGCUCCUCCUGGCGAGUCAUCUCCAGCAUCGAGCAGAAGUCCGACGGCAACGACAAGAAGCUGCAGAUGGCCCGCGAGUACCGUCAGAAGAUUGAGAAGGAGCUGCAGGACAUCUGCAACGACGUGCUGCGCCUGCUUGACAACUUCCUCAUCGCCAACGCGUCCCAUCCAGAGAGCCGGGUGUUCUACCUCAAGAUGAAGGGAGACUACUACAGAUACCUGUCUGAAGUCGCCUCCGGAGAGUCCAAGCAAGCCACAGUGGAGAACUCCCAGCAGGCCUAUCAGGAGGCGUUUGACAUCAGUAAGAAGGACAUGCAGCCCACACACCCAAUCAGGCUGGGCCUGGCUCUCAACUUUUCUGUCUUCUACUACGAGAUCCUCAACUCCCCCGACCAGGCCUGCACUCUCGCCAAGGCUGCUUUCGACGAGGCGAUUGCAGAGCUUGACACCUUGAACGAGGACUCCUACAAAGACAGCACCCUGAUCAUGCAGCUACUAAGGGACAACCUGACUCUGUGGACAUCAGAAAACCAGGGUGACGAGGCGGAUGCAGGCGAAGGAGAGAACUAAAGGCGUUGCACUUCACUGUUAAUCCACCCCCCAUCCCCCCAUCCCCCCCUCCCCAACUCCCCCCCCCCCCCCACACAUCUUUCUUCUUCUCUGGUUUCUCUCUCUCUUCCUCCUCUCGUACACAUAUACAGCCCAUAACCCUGCUCCGCUCAGCCCCCCUGCCCUUCUGUAUGACCUGCAGCAGAAAUUGUACCUGUCCCAGCAGACUGACAGACCCGGAGGCUCACAGGACCAGUCACCAUAGGGAGCAUUUAAACCAGACAACUUGCCCUCCUCCCCCGGGUUGACUAGUUGAGACCAAUCCCUCCGCCUCCCUCCUUUAUCCACCUCCACCCUUCCCUCUACACCUUUCCCUCCCCUUCCCGCCAUUUCAAAAGAUAUAUGUUCUCUCACCUAGCGAGUUUGCAUUAAUAGAAGCCCUCUUUUUUGCUUUCUUAGUGUACUGGCCCUGGCUGGUUUUAUUCAUAAAAGGUUAUUAAACUGUACCUUUAUUUUCAACCAACACUGUGAUGCUUAGUUUUUCUCCACAUUAUCACGGAAAAAUAAAACAAUCUGGUCGUUAAAAGAAAAUGGAGGACUGUUUGGUUGUAGUGGCAGUGCGGUCCUGCUGUGAGAUCAUACAGAAUGGUAAUACAAGGCUGUAUUGUGACACUGACAAAUGCAAACACACUGCUCUGCUGCUCCUUCCUGCGUCGUGCUGCUUUCUGCAUCGAGGUUAAAUGAAGAAAGGUGACCCUCAAGGUUAACCCCUUUCUUAACUGUCCAGGGUCUGAAUUUAAAAAACGAAAGACUGAAAUAAACUUUUAAAAGAAAAACGAAAAAAAAAAAACACAUUCCACAGGAAGUUUUAAUAGCAGUAAGAA